AUGACUGAGGCGGUGGAUGAGUACGACGACCUUGAUGCGUACCUAGACGAUGGCGGCAAGCCCGAGAAGGAGGCCGAAAAGAAGACGGAGGAGGAGCAGAAGCACGGCGAACAGCAGCAGACCCGCAAAAGUGGCAAAUUCGGGGCCGAGCAGACGGGCGGGACGGACGCAGAGGUGGCAGAGAUGAUCAAUGACCUCCAGACGCAGUUCCAACAGAUGCUGCGGCCCGAGACAGACGGUGCAGACAAAGACACGGUGGAUAACUUCCGGCAGCUGCUGGAGACGCUGGGCCAGGCGGCGCCCGAGGCGGCGGGCGCAGGCGCGGCGGACGCGGGCGCGGCGGGCAAGGAGAGCGGGCAGGGCAGCGAGGACUUCAAGGACAUCAUCUCGAACGCGCUGGGGCGGCUGAAGGUGAACUCGUCCAAAAUCGACUCGAAGCUGGAGCAGGAGAAGAAGGCGCAGACCUCGGACGACCUGCUGUCGCAGCUGCUGGAGCAGAUGGCGGGUGUGGACGAGGGCGACGGGGAUGGGACGAUGGACGGCGCGAUUCUCAACAUCCUGAACCAGAUGUCGUCCAAGGAGGUGAUGUACCAGCCCAUGAAGGAAAUGCAGCUGGAGUUUGUGCAGUGGAUGCAGGGGAACGCCGAGCUGGAGGAGCACCGCGAGAAGAUCGCAACCUACAGACAGCAGCUGGACACCGUGAACGCGAUCGUGGCGCUCUACGAGCGCGCAGACUACUCGAACGAGAAGUACCGCGGCGAGAUCACGGACCUGAUAGACAAGCUCGAGCAGCUUGGCGACAGCCCCGUGAACAAGGGCUUCAGCAACGAGGGCAACCAGGAGCUGAACGACCUGGCGAAGAUGCUAGAGGUCGACGGCGACGACCCCAGCCUGGGCAAUAUCGACAAGGAGAUACAGGAGACAUGCAAGCAGCAGUAG